AUGACGUCGUGGUGGAACGUCAACGAGAAUCCUAGCCAGCAGUGCCUGGAGAGGGUAAAGCGUGAUCUUGCCGAAUUCCACGCUGACCCGGCGCCGGGAGUGUUCAUGGCGCCCGACGAGAAGGACAUGACUACCGUUCACGCCGUCGUGGUGGGCGCCGCAGGCACGUCGUACGAGGGAGGCUUCUUCCACCUGCUCAUCAAGUGCACCAACCAGUACCCGAUGUCGCCGCCUCGUGUGCGCUUCAUGACCACCGACGGAGGACGCGUGACGUUCAACCCGCACAUCUCGUACGGCGGCCACAUCUGCCUCAGCCUGCUGGGCACCAUAGUCGGGCCGCCCUGGACACCCGCGCACAGCCUGUCCUCGGUUGCCGUGUCCAUCCAGUCGAUGCUGGACGACAGCGUCGGAAACGUCGACGGCGGAUUAGACGCUCUCGAGCACAUCAUGUUUGGCUACUGGAAUCCGGGCAGUGCAAAGGCCAUGCGCUACCAGACACUCCGGGUGGCCGUUUGCAAUACCAUCGAGUCUUGCCUCGCGGACAACUGCCCCUUCCCGCCAUCUCUGCGAUAUCAGUUGCUCGUCAGCUUCACGGAGAACUACGGCAAGUACGAAGAGGUGGCCAAAGCGGAGCUGGCCCGCAACCAGGGUGGGGUGCUUGCCUGGCUCGGCUUCGAAAACAAGUACGAGGUGCUGCUGGCGAGGCUGCAGAACCUUAGAAAAAUGGUCGAAGCGCACAACAAUGCCGCCACGAACGCUGCUCCUGAUGCGCUUAAAGACCGCUAA